AUGGCACCCAAGGUUACCUGCUCAUCAGAAUCCUCUGAGGAAUUUAGUCUGGAUGAGGACUUGCCAGAUCUUCUAAGCAAAAGGGUCAGUCCACCCCAGCCUCUCACUCCAGGGGAUGAAGCCCCCUCCACCAAAGCUGACAUUAAAGCCCUUUUAAAGGACAUACAGGCGAUGUUUAAUGCAGAUAUGGAACUGAUCAGAAAGGAGGUGAUUACCAUUACAGACCGCGUAGCCGCUGUUGAGGAGGACACUGGGGCUAUCAAAGUGGCUCAAACAGCCACAGACUCUGCACUCCACAUGAUGCAGAAAAAUCAAGCUGCACUGAUUGCCCAAGUAACUGCAUUGUAA